UCCGGAGUAUUUUUUCUGUGGGAAAAUCAGAAACCCAUGUGAUUCCAGCUCUGGAAAGUUACAUGCUGUCUUUUAAAAUUUUAACAUGGCAGAGAAGAGUCGGUGGUGCUCGGUGUGGGUCGGAUCAGAAACUGGGAUUUUGAAAGGUGUAAAUGUGGCCAAGAAACAGGCAUUUAACUUCAGUGACUUGUCCACACUGACUCGUGAACAGGAGGUUUCUGCUAUGUGUUGGGGUGACGACCUGGAGUCUGAGGUACUGGUUGGCAGUGUAAAUGGGACAGUGAAGACAUUCAGCGUGGAGAAGGGAAAGUUUACAGAGUUUAGAGACUGUUCCGGGGGAGAAGGACCAUUUAGAGGUUUAGCAGUACACAACAGUUCACUCAUUACCUGUGUGGAAUCAGGACUUCUCAAGGUUUGGAAAGAAGGAUGUCCAGACACAGUUGAAGUAAAUGUGGGACGUGAUGUUUAUAAAAUGAGACAGAGCACUUCAGAGGGCCAUAAGGUUGCUACCGGAGGCAAGGAAAACGACUUAAAAAUCUGGGAUCUGCAAAGACCUGAGGAACCAGUUUUUAAAGCCAAAAAUGUUGCUAAUGAUUGGCUGGAUUUGCGUGUGCCUGUGUGGAUUCGAGACUUGCAGUUUUUACCAGAAUCUGACAAAGUGGUCACAUGCACAGCAUACCACCAGGUUCGGUUAUAUGAUCCAUCAUUGCCGCUGAGACGCCCAGUGUUGGAAACAACCUUUGAAGAGUAUCCCCUCACUGCCUUGUCUCUGACCUCUGAUUCUAAUUCAGUAGUUGUCGGAAACACUCAAGGACAAGUAGCAGUAAUUGACCUUCGACAAGGUCGAUUACUGCGCUGCCUCAAGGGCUUUGCUGGUAGUGUGCGGGCUCUCCAGUGUCAUCGUUCUUUACCUUUAGUGGCAUCCUGUGGACUUGACCGAUUCUUGCGAAUCCAUAACCUGGAGGACAAGCAGCUUUUGCACAAGGUUUACUUGAAGUCCAGACUGAACUGCCUGCUCUUGACAAGUAAAGAAAAUAUUCAAGAGCAGGAAGAGAAAGUUCAAGAGUCACAAGAAGAAGUGAAAGAUGAUGAGAUCUGGGCAGCAAUGCCCACAGUGACUGAUGAAGUAUCUGCAAAAAGGAAAAUGAAAAAAAAUCAAACAUUAAGUACAGUGACAAAAGACAAAUCAUCCUUAACUAAAAAGAAAAGGAAAUCAGUAACCUGAAUGUGAGAUGUUCAUUAACCAAGUUAUUUUGUAAACUGUGCUUUUUUUUUUUUUUCCUUUAACAUCAGUGAUGCUUUCUGCAAACUAAGCCAUCUGUGCAGUUUCAUUUUACAAAACUGUGACAACACGCCUAAGGAUUGAAUUGUAUUUGGGAUUUUAUCUAUUAUGUAAAUAUAUCAUCUAAUAUAUCCACAUCAAUUUUUGGAUAUCAUUACUGAACAGAAGGAUUUUGUUGGCUUGUUCAGGACAAACUUACUCUGAAGUGGAAACGCUACUAGAAAUGAAUAAAGAACUGCUUGCAGGGUACUUUCUGAGAACUGUAUAUCUGAUUACAACUAUGAAUUUUAUGUGACAUAAGUUUCAACUGGCACAAAAUUAAACCUAUAUGUAUUGCUGUCUAUUUACAAAAUCGCCCCCUGUCUGCACUUUUCAAGGACAGGCAGUUUAGUUUGAUUUCAGUCUGAGUAUGUGUGUAUGUGUACUUGUGACCUGCAGUGGACUGACAUCACUGUAUUAAACAGGUUAAGUAAAUGGGUUGAUGGUGGUUUUAUUAGUCACUUUUAAAUGUAUUUAAAGAAUAUCAGUUUUACAUUUUUAAAAGCAACAAAUAUUACCAUAUGUGUUUUCAUUUUAUGUUUUGAUUUUUCUGUUAAAAACUUAAACCAGAGCCUAUCACAUUCCAGUGCAUCAUAUAGCACUUCGCAAGAACCAAAUUAAAGGAUUCAAGUCCAAGUGCAUUUAAAACAAAAAAUAAAAAAGACAACUUUGAAUAUACAGAAUAUACAUGUAGCAAAUGAUGUGGUUUACACAAAUUAUACAUAUUAUAGAAAAUGGUUGUUUUUGCUUCCAUGUGAGCAUUCACUUUAAAAAAAAAAUUAAUUGCUGGAAAAAAUGUACUGAACUGAAACUUAAAAGGAUUCUUAUUGAAUUAGAGAGAGAGCUUUUGACCAUUUUUCCCCCUCUGCAGAGCCAUGUCUGAUUUUAUAAUUUUGAUAUAUGAUUUCAAUAUUGAUGUUGUCGCUUGAUUUUUAAUUUAUUGACAAAUUGAGAAUUGGCAAUCAAUUCUUGUCUUCAUUCAAACCAAUAGAUUCUUAUAUUAUGUGUUUCUACAUUUAAUAAGUGUUCUUUUUUGCUUUUUAAAAACCUUAAGAAAGCAGUAUGCAAACUGUAUUAUUCUGGUACAUUUAAUACAAGAUGGCAUGUAUUUCCAAGAAAUAGGUUUUCGGAAUGCUAUAAAUCAACAAGUACAAAGUCACAAGCAACUUGGAAUGGGAUCUUUCAACUAAACGGACAAUGUUUAGUAUGCUGUAAUUUUACGUGAUAUUAAACUGAGCUGUGUUAGACCUAGUAUACAUAACCUAAUCAUAAACGGGACUAGAGACUAUCAUGGCAUGAUUGGCAGGAGCCAGCUGUGGAUGGGUUAUCAAUCCAUCAUGUGGCCUACUUACAUAGGGUCAUUGUGGAGUUUCCAGACAAUCCAACACACAUGAAUGAGGCAUAUUUGGAGGACAAGCUCAUAUUUUCUCAUCACUGUAGCAAAACAUACUUAUGUAUAUCCUGUGAUAGCUUGGAGAAAAAACAGUAUUAUUGGUUAAUAUAAUGUACCCAGAAGCAAUGGAACUGCCCAUUUCCUGUGUUGCCAUUGAAAGAGAUCAGCUAGCUUAAAAAUACAUAAAUGAUUCCAACUGUGAAAACAGAAUCACCAGUUAAAUUUAUAAACUAAUGCAUGUUAUCUUUUUUUGUCAAAUUUCAGAUGAACCUUGAUCCCCUUCUGUUUUGAAUGAAUUAUGAUAUAAUGAGGGCUAAAGAAUAAAAAUAAUUAGUUCUGAACCCUACAAAAGUAAUGUCAAUCUGCUUCCUAGAGUGCAUGUCUUUUAAUAUACCACAAAUAAGGCACCUUAUAUCCUUAUCUUACUAGCUGUAUGGCACUGAUGUGAUUAAAAAGAAGCAGUAGAAGCAGACAAUGGCUGUUUUUAAAUAGUUUUGCUUGAGCAAAUGCAGAACAACAUCUAAAACCAUUUUCAUUGCAAAUUUUUCUUACAACCUCAAAUCCACAAGUUGUGAUUGAAAGAUAUUAGAGAUGCACCUCAACUGUAUUUCAUUCCUUUUUCCUUAUGUGGCCUCUAAGCCUGUCCCAUCCCAUCUAUUAAAGCAAGGCUGAGUUGCUUUAAUAGAAUAUAUCACAAAUGGAUGGAUGGACAUCAUGAAACUUGUACUGGCUUUCAGUAAAGCAAGCAAAUGUGACAUAUACUGUAUACAUAGUUUUAAAUAACUUGAAUGUUAUUUAGCAGUUCUUCAGAAUUAAUUUUGUUUUUACUUUGAUGCUGUUAGGGAAAGUUGAAGAAUUGACCAUAGUCUAACGUGAUGCAUGUCUAAAGGAUUCAUGUUAUUUUCAGAUGCUGUUCAGUUGAAAAGUUGUUUAGUGCUGACUACUGAGUCACAAAUGAAUACUAUCAAAGUGUAAUGAAACAUCUUGUGCUUUGGUAUUCAUAUAUUUUACUUUCACUUAUCAGGGGUCCAGUUUUGAACCUAAUUCCGCAAGUUACCUUUUCUUGUCUUUUGCAUUAAAUAAAUAAUACUUGUACUUAUAUACUUUGUACUUAUUAGAACUAAUAAGUCAUUAAAGAACUGACAUUACUCUAAUAGAAUGCAUGUCUUUGAGCAGAAUCCUACUCAGGAUGCCAGUAUACACAGAUGAGGUGUGCUGUUUGCUUACUCAGAGUAAGAACUUAACAGUUUUGACCAGAAAAGCCCAACAAAGUCUCCAAAAUACUACUGUCUCCCUCACUACUUUCUACCUUGCUUCACAAUGUAUAUGGUUUUCUUUGUGAAUAAAGACUUUGUAAAAUUUA